CAUUGACGCGCUACUAUGGUAACAAAGUAAUUUCGCUUAAAGCUUGAAAAAUAACAACAUAACUAUAAAUAUAAACGUAUAUUGCACCCAUAGUUUAUACAUUUUUUUGAAACAUAAACAAAUAAAAAAUGAUGGUGAAUAUGGACUUUGGAGUUAGGUUAAAUCAGACAGAUUAAGAAAUAGACUAUUUAACAGUAAUAGGCCUAGCCAUUUUUUUAUUGUUUAAACAGUGACAGCUACCAUUCGGACUACUCUACUAUUUUGGUGGAUUCGACUAAAAGUCUAAGGCUAAGGCUAGUGUUUGAAACAUAUCAAAUCCUGAGAAGAAAGAGUGAAUUUAAACAUAAAUUUAAACAAAAAUCAUUUUACUUAAUAUGUAGUUCAUGUAGCAACUGACAUUAUUAUUAUUAAUAUUAUUCAAUACACCGAGUAGCCUACGCCUACGAGUGUGUCAACUUGACUUGAGUCUUGACGAGACCUUAAACUUUAAGUCUUUAAGUUAAAUAAAGACACUAAAAGUAAAGGCAAGCCAUUUAGUAAAUCGGCAUGAGUUCUACGAAUACUGCGGCAAUAGGAUUUUUAUCAACACCAGCAAAGCUACCAAAGGAAUGGUGAGAAUAAUUAUAUUAUAUAAUAUAGCAAUAAUUUUUAGCGAUAUCCGAAAAUUUUGUUAAGUUAAGCAAUAUAUGUUUUAUUUUAUUUUCCAUUUCAAACUAUUUUAUUAUUUUAUUAGCAUAUUUAUAUUAUCAGAUUGAAAGCAUGAUCAUUUUGAAAUAUGAGAAUUAGCUCUUUAAAUUUAAACUGUUUUUUCAUAUGUACUGCUUUACAUUUAAUUCAAAUAUGUGAAUAUUGUGAAGGUGUUACAAUUCAAAAGAACACUUCUUAUAUUUUCUAAUGAUAUGAUUCUUAAGGCAAAUCACAUGGCACAGUCAUUAUUAGUAAAUCAGAAAAAUCAAUAAAAUUUAAAAAAUUGGCACAAGCAGAGCAUUAUUUUGCAAAGUAAACGUAAUCAAUAUUGAUUUUUUAAAAAUCAGAUGUAAAUAUUUUACAUUUAUUCUUUUAAUCCCUCAUGUGCCAAAUGGAGCUUUCUGCUUAUCGCCUGCUUCUUUUAGAGCUGUCUGCAGUGUAAGGCAUAAGGUUUCUACUCCACAGGUCCUCUGUUGUUUAGCACAAGAACUCUAUAUGUUUUCCAUGGUUUCUUGUUCCCAGGGCUGUCUAUCUGAAUGUUGUCCUUAGAGCCACAGUCUUGUCCUCUUUUUAAGUUGAAUCUAAUUAUUUUAAAUAUCACUAGCAACUAUUAAUUUUAAAAAGAAACACAUAUGACAUAUUUUAGUUUUCAUUGGAAUCACAAAACAAUUGAAGUUAAAGCUUAAUUCGUCAUCCACAGGCAGCCUAAACUCCAUGAAUGGAAGACUUACCACUGUAGUCAUCCAGAUGUUGCAAGGGUCAGUACACUUUGCUAUGACACUUUUAAAACAUUUAACUUUUGCAAACUAUUCAGUUGAAUGCUAAUUGGUAGAUAUGUAUUUUUUGGGGUAUGAAAAUUUAUUUUUUACCCCAUAUAUAGGGACCUACCUACUAAUGUUUUAUACCCCCCCUCCCACCCUCUUAAGACAUAUUUUCUUACUGACCAAUCUUACUUAACUACAAGUUAUUUAUGUUGUUUUCCACAAAAUUUGACAGAGUAAUUCAUUUAUUAAUGUAACAGAUAGUGAUUGCUUGACCAAAUUGGGUGGCACAUCAUCAUUCUCAUUGAAAACUAAUCAAACUUAUUUAUAAAUUCUUCUUAUUUUAGGCCGGCUGGAGGAAAUGGAGUGGUGAACACCCAGAUUGGUAUGCUUGGAGGUCAACCUCACGCCAUCCAGACUGGUUUAAUCGAGAAACUAACCAGAUUAGACGAGGUAAAUUUUGAAACUGACAUUGUAUGAGAAAAAUGCUUGCAGAACUAGAUUUAAAAAAAAUAAUACUUAGAAUUUCAAGAAGUGAUAAUUUGUUAAUUGACAACGUCAAGAUUGAAUAAUAAAUACUGUUAACAUGAUAGUUGAUAGAUGUAUUACUAUAGCUUAUAAUCUAUUCGCAUCAAUAGAAAUUGGAACAAAGCCCAAUUUUUCUUUGAGAAAAUAUCCAUAUGCGAAAUCAAAUUGCAAUAUGAACAUGUUAGAUCAUCAAGUCAGAUGUAGUUCCAACACAGCUUUGAGCUUUUUAAUGUCCAAUUUUUAAAUUCUCUUUAAAAAUUUUUUUAAAAGAUUAUUAUGGUCAUCAAAAUUCUGCAGAAAUGGAAUGCAUUGAUUAAAAAAGCAAACCAAGAAGAUUAGGAGUUGUAGAAUACUUAGCAAUAUUGAACGGAAAUUUGAAAUUUUACUUCAAAAUGAGAAUGUUUGGGUUUUCCUAUUUUUUGAAAGUUUAAUCAACAGCAAUUAAUUGAGGUUGGGGCCAAACCAUCUGAAAGUUUGACUUUGGAAGGAAUCUUACUGUGUAAUUUGUUUAACUAAAUAAUAAGUUUUAAAUAUUUUCAUAGCGGUAAAUCCAUUUUAAGUUAAUUUCAGGAUAAAAGGACUUUUAAAAUGUUGCUUUACUUAACUCUAAAAAGAGUUAUAAAAUACUGCAUUUGGAAAAAAAGCAUUUGUCUAUAUAAAUAAAAAUAAUAAGAAAAUGAAGAUAAGUUCUUGUAUUAAAUAUCCCUUAUGUUUAUAGUCAACGUUUCUUGAAAAGCUGAAAAUAUUUAUAAAAUGCACCUUUUAACCGCAGUUGACUUUUUUCUACUCUAGCGGACUACAAGAACAUUAAUUGGCACUGGGAGCAACCAUCAAAACCAACAUCUAGAAAGCAUGAUGACUUUGUUCCAUACAACAAUGAAAUCAUAAUGAAAGAUGUCCAGAAAGCCAUGCCACAUAACAAAGGCUAUCGGGGUAAUUGGAGUUACCCAGUACCUUUCCCACAGGAAAUACCAACCCCAAAAUGGGGUCUGUACAACCCCCCACACUAUCAGGAACCAACCAGGCUCAACCAUUUCCCACCCAUACGCUACGAUGGACACCAACCAAGGAUGCAGUAAAGACAACGCUGGGUGUCAGUAUGAAAACCUUCUCAUCACUAUCAAAUGUUUUUUAGCUUCACUCUGUCACAACAAUUGUGGGUACAAAAUAUCUUUAUAAAGAAAUGUAGACUUAAUUUAACAACCCCUAAAAACAAAAGUUUUUCGUAUAAAUAUUUAUAUGCACUUAUAAUUUUCUUUUAUUCUAAUUUCCCACAAGAAAAUAUCAUGGACAAAACGCACUUGCAAUAUUUAAAAAAAAAUCUCAUCUAGCGCAGUUAUUAGAAAUUUAAUUUAGUGAAAUCAGUGGCAUCAUAUUUUCUUCAUCUUCCCCUGGAAAAACAGAUAUUUGGGGCUUU